AUGACAUUAUCAGUGUGGGAUCGAGGAUCAGACGGAACAUGGACUAAAGCGGCAAGCUGGAAGGUGCAUGGAGGUGCUGUAUGGCGGGUUGUGUGGGCUCAUCCCGAGUUUGGACAGCUCCUUGCUACAUGCUCUUAUGAUCGCAGUGUUCACAUUUGGGAGGAAAUCCGAAGUGGUCCUGGUGCAGAAGGACGAAAGGGAGCCCGCUGGGUGCGAAAAGCCUAUUUGACUGAUAGCCGAGCCAACGUAACAGAUAUAGCCUUUGCUCCACGACAUCUUGGUCUCAUGUUGGCGACAGUAUCGGCUCAAGGGGUCGUCCGCAUUUAUGAGGCGGCAGAUGUGAUGGACCUGUCCAGGUGGUCUCUCUGUCAUGAACUUCAGGCAUUCUACACAAGAUGUGGUAGCGUGGAGUGGAGUCGAUCCCGAAUACAUCGACCCCUCUUAGCAGUUGCUUCAGACGAUAAACGUGCCGAAAACGACGAAAGGAUAUGGCAACGUGUCGUUUCACUCCGACUUGAUCUCGCAUUCCCCGUUACCGAUCUUCGAUUUUCACCUAUUGCCCUUGCUCAUUCCCAUCAGCUGGCAGUGGCAGCUGGAGACGUUCAUGUCUACAACAUCAAGAUACCCGUCUCAGCAUUUGUCGAUGAUGACAACGGUACUCCGGAAAAUGUUCCAACUGACGCUACGGAAUACUCUGCGACAAAGCCGUUCUCGGAGAUGAGCGUCACGCAUGGGGUAUCAGAUAUAAUCUGUGACGGGUACGUGUUGACCGCGAUCGCAGUUGGCGAUGGGACGAUCCGGGUGUGGAAAGCGAUGUUCGUAAACCAAUGGGCACUGUUGGCUGAAAUGUCGUCGGAAGACUAUCUGGAAGAGCGUGAACUGCUGAAUGAAGGUGACUUGUACUGGGGGUCCGAGAGUGGUCGAGGCGAUGGAGAAAUGUUCCAUCGAAAGACCUACUAUUGA